GUUGUCAACCAUUCGAGUAGAAAGUUUGUGGCGGUUUCGCUUGCGGCAACUCACAGCUAUUUACAACAAAAGUAUGGCAUUGUACUUGCCUAGCAUUUGAAGUGUUGGGAAAGGACUUAUUGUGUGGGGCGGCGUGUGCGGAGGCAAAGCCAAAGUGAAUUUUGGGAAAAUCAAUUGCAAUGCAAAGUUAAAAUAUUAAAGAAUUCGAAAAACGAUUUUCAAAAAGAGUUUUGAAUCCGCUGAAACCGUAACUUAGUAGAAGAACUGUGCUUAAGUGAUUGACGCCUUCGUCAGUGCCGUUUGCACCGCGUGCCUGCCACACCAAUUAAUGCAUUACGGGCAGCUGCGUGGCUUUGGUGUCUCAGCUCGACGCGCUUGCCACACGCAUCCUCAGCACCCGUGCUACCCCUAAUGUAUUGCGGAUAUUGAAAGUGAACUUUCAGUGCUUGUGAAAAGUUUAAAGAAUAGAGUUUCGUUGUAGUUGUUUGUUGUUUUCUGUGUUCUUGCAGACACAUCGAUGCGUUAACGCUGUCGGCCAUAUUUUACUAUAACCCCAUUCAAAGUGAUAUUUGAAAGAGGUGGCCGCAUAUCCUUUUGGGAUAGAAAUAGAUAGAAGCGCGUCAGAGUCCACAUCGAAAGGAGCAUUACGGCACUUUUGUGUGCGAGUCACUUUUGUUAGUGUGUGUGUAUAGAAGAAAGGCUUCAAAAUUAAUUAUUCAAAGUACCAUCACAACGCUAUGUCCUUGUCGGCCAUAGCAAAGCCUAUACUCUACUCGUAUUGGCGUAGUUCCUGUUCGUGGCGGGUGCGCAUCGCUCUCAACUUGAAGGAAAUACCCUACGACAUCAAACCCAUCAGCCUAAUCAAGUCGGGCGGUGAACAGCAUUGCAAUGAGUAUCGUGAGGUCAAUCCGAUGGAGCAGGUGCCAGCGUUGCAAAUCGAUGGCCACACGCUGAUCGAGUCAGUCGCCAUUAUGCACUACUUGGAGGAGACGCGUCCCCAACGUCCAUUGCUUCCACAGGAUGUGCACAAACGCGCUAAAGUGCGUGAGAUUGUGGAAAUCAUCUGUUCGGGUAUACAGCCACUGCAGAAUCUGAUUGUACUCAUCCAUGUCGGCGAGGAGAAGAAGAAGGAAUGGGCACAGCAUUGGAUUACACGCGGUUUUCGCGCUGUUGAAAAAGCGCUCUCCACCUCGGCUGGCAAGUACUGUGUGGGCGAUGAGAUUUCCAUGGCCGAUUGCUGUUUGGUGCCACAGGUCUUCAAUGCAAGAAGAUUCCAUGUUGAUUUACGUCCAUACCCGAUCAUCUUGCGCAUCGAUCGUGAAUUGGAGGCCAAUCCCGCCUUCCGCGCCGCACAUCCCUCCAACCAACCAGACUGUCCACCGGAGUUGCCAAACAAAUAGAAUUUCCCGUCAACAACUGCGAAGCGCCGCAAAACCAAAAAAUGAUCGCAAACAACACAAUAACAACAACAAGAACAAAAGUAGCAGCAGCAUCAUCAAGCAUAACCGAAACACCUGGAAGUCACCGAAUCCAUGCAAUGGCGCACAAAUUGAAAACAAACGACAAAAUGUGGCACCUUCAAGCAGUUGAAACAAAUCUUACCAAACGAAGCAACGCAAAGUUGCAAAUUUAAUAAAGUGAAAAUAACAAAAACCACAAGACAAAAUUUUGAAAGACGAAUUGGCAAAGACAUUGAGACAUAUAUAUGUAUAUACGUAUGUAUAUCUAUACAGAUAUUUAAAAAUUCUUGAAACUUGCAAAAUUCUGCAAAACCGUUGAAUGGCGAUCAGUAGUAGGAUAAAGAGUCCACAAAGUGGCCCACGCUGAACCGCUCUACAAUUAAACAAAAUAAGCAUAUAAUAAAUGUAUGAAGAAAUUGUGAAAUGCAAACUCAAAGAGGGUAGAAAAUGUGAGAGCUAAUCGAACAUUUGGAAUGUGAGAAAGCAUGAAAAUUUGAUUUAAAAAAUAUUUGGCAACAAUUGUGAAAACUAUCUAAAAGAUAUGAAUACGUAUUUUAUAGAUUACACUUAAACCCAAACACAAAUACACACACACAAACAUCUAUAUUAUAAGCAUUACUUAAAAAAGUAUGUAAAACUAUAAAAUGUUAGAGGAAGAAAAUUGAGAUUUCGAAAAUAAAUUGAAAAUAAAUUCGAAAACAAACAAUUAAAAAUUAAAAACUUGUGAAAUUAUGUACGAAAAGCAAAAUUAAAUUCAGGGAUUUUUAAGCAACUAGAAGGGAAUAAGUGAAAUUCGCAAAAAAUGAACAUACACACACACCCACACAAACAACACAAGAAGAAUAAGACACUUGAGCAAGCCACUGACCGAAACACCAAACAAUAACGGUGCAAACACAAAGAACUUGUAACAAAAUACAAAACACGCAAAUAAAAGAGUACAAAAUGCAGCAAAUUAAUUCAUUGAAACCAAAAAGUACAUAAAAGCAUAAGUGAAAAAGAAAAUAAAAAACUAUUAGCUUCCUAAAGUGAACGUGAAAAUUAAGCAUUACAUUAAGGGAACAACAAAAACAAAAUGUAUUUUAAUAGUUGGACAAGCAUUAAGAUUUCACAAAAAAAAAAAAAUAACUAUUAAUAUUAAAAACAUAAUUAAAGCGCAUAUUUCAGACGCAGAGUUCAUUAUUGAAACUUGCAAGAAUUUUUUUAUUUUUUUUUAAUUUCGAUUUUUCACUGAUCAAAACAGCUACAAAAAUGAUUUUCUAUUUAUUUUUAAAUAAUACCAAUAAUGAUUUUUAGAGAGCAAAUUAUAUUGAAUGAACAAAUUGUAUACAAAAUUUACCGCGUAACGUCAAAAAAAGACACGUAUACCAGCUGUUCGAAUUUGACUCGGACUGUGCUAUAUAAACUAAACGCAUCGAUAAUUUUUUGUAUUUAUUCCGAGAUCACAUUUUGAAUGCGGCAUUUCAUUUACUACGAUAUUUUGCUAAAUUUAUCACUAAAACUUCCCGUUUUGUCACACUUCGGCUGCGAAAUUCAUUCUGCCAACCCAAGUGUGACAAAUUCUCCAAAUGUUCAAUUUCAAAUUUAACUGAUUUCUUUUGUUGUAAGAAUUUGUUUGAUGUCCAUCUUUUAGCCUUCUCCUUUUUCAUUUUUGGCUCAGAAUUAUUGUAUU